GCCUACUCGCCGCGGCAUUUUUUUUCAUCAUCACUGGAUACGAAUGCGUCGGAAGUCCUCGUCUGUGUUUACCUACAAGACAUUUCAUUCUACGUGCCUUAUGCUGUAGGAGACCGUAACUUAGGCUAACUGACUGUGAGUAAAAUACAAUGUUGUUUAUUCAAGAGUUUUCCUCGCCAAAUAUUAUUUAUAGGCUACAGGUUGACAAUGGCGACCAAUAACAUGGAGUUUGCUUUCAUCUAGUUCCAGGUUCCAGAUUGGUCAUGUCUCGUCGACGUUGACGGGACUAGAGAUUCGUUUUGCCCCUAUCAAGGUCCUUCGAAUCCAACGUAGAAUCGUACAUUAUUUACAAACGUUGUUGUUAUCGAAGUCCACUCAAUAGCAAGGCAGUAGAGAAGAGAGCACCCGUCUGCAUCGCGGAGGUGGACACCGGCCAUAACGGGACCGUACCGGAGACAUACACCGCAGAUUCGGAACUGUGCCGCAAGCCACAUAAUAGGUUAUAAUUUGCUGACUCUUGGAUGCCUGGAAUAACCUACCGUAAACGGCAAAAAAAUAGCCCCUGCUCCUCAUUAUAAAAUGACAACCUCGGACAGUGACAAGUGCUGGCGGGAGUGCAUGGAUGUUGCUGUAGAAGUUGCAUUUAGAGUUGGUAAGGUAAGUCAAGUGUUACUUGGUUCCACCCCCUCCAGGUGUGUGCUAUAUGUUACUUGGUUCCACCCCCUCCAGGUGUGCAUUAUAUGUUACUUGGUCCCGCCCCCUCCAGGUGUGUGCUAUAUGUUACUUGGUCCCGCCCCCUCCAGGUGUGUGCUAUAUGUUACUUGGUCCCGCCCCCUCCAGUUAUGCAUUAUAUGUUACUUGGUCCCGCCCCCUCCAGAUGUGCAUUAUAUGUUACUUGGUCCCGCCCCCUCCAGGUGUGCAUUAUAUGUUACUUGGUCCCGCCCCCUCCAGGUGUGUGCUGUAUGUUACUUGGUUCCACCCCCUCCAGGUGUGUGCUAUAUGUUACUUGGUCCCGCCCCCUCCAGGUGUGUGCUAUUAUGUUCCUUUGUCCCGCCCCCUCCGGUAUGCAUAGAUGUUACUUGUACCGCCCCAUCCAGAUGUGCAUUAUAUGUUACUGUCCCGCCCCCUCCAGGUGUGCCUAUAUGUUACUUGGUCCCGCCCCCUCCAGGUUGCUGUUGCUUGUAUUUUACUUGGUUCCCACCACCCCCUCCAGGUGCAUGUGCCUCAAUGUUACUUGUCCCGCCCCUCCAGGUGUUGUGCUUAUAUGUUACUUGGUUCCACCCCCUCCAGGUGUGUGCUAUAUGUUACUUGGUUCCCCCCCCUCCCAGGUGUGUUGCUAUAUGUUUACUGGUUCCACCCCCUCCAGGUGUGUGCUAUAUGUUACUUGGUCCCACCCCCUCCAGGUGUGCAAUUAUAUGUUACUUUGGUUCCCACCCCCUCCAGGUGUGUGCUAUAGGUUACUUGGUUCCCACCCCCUCCAGGUGUGUGCUAUAUGUUUACUUGGUCCCGCCCCCUCCAGGUGUGUGCUAUAUGUAACUUGGUCCCCGCCCCUCCAGGUGUGUGGCUAUAUGUUUAGCUUGGUCCCACCCCCUCCAGGUGUGCAUUAUAUGUUACUUGGUCCACCCCCUCCAGUGUGGUGCUAUAUGUUACUUGGUUCCACCCCUCCAGUGUGUGCUAUGGUUUACGUGGUCCCGCCCCCCUCCAGGUGUGUGCUAUAUGUACUUGGUCCCGCCCCCUCCAUGGUGUGUGCUAUAUGUUUACUGGUUCCGCCCCCUCCAGGUGGGUGCUAUAUGUUUUACUUGGUCCGCCCCACCAUGGUGUGGUGCUAUAUGUUACUUGGGUUCCACCCCCUCCAGGUGUGUGCUGUAUGUUACUUGGUUCCACCCCCUCCAGGUGUGUGCUAUAUGUUACUUGGUUCCCGCCCCCUCCAGGUGUGUGCUAUAUGUUACUGGUUCCACCCCUCCAGGUGUGUGCUAUGUUACUUGGUUCCACCCCCUCCAGGUGUGUGCUAUAUGUUACUUGGUUCCGCCCCCUCCAGGUGUGUGCUAUAUUAUGUUACUUGGUUCCCGCCCCCUCCAGGUGUGUGCUAUAUGUUAAUUGGUUCCGCCCCCUCCAGGUGUUGCUAUAUGUUACUUGGUCCACCCCCUCCAGGUGUGUGCUAUAUGUUACUUGGUCCACCCCCCUCCAGGUGUGUGCUAUAUGUAACUUGGUCCCGCCCCCUCCAGGUGUGUGCUAUUCUUACUUGGUCCUGCCCCCUCCAGGUGUGUGCUAUAUGUUACUUGGUUCCACCCCCUCCAGGUGUGUGCUAUAUGUUACUUGGUCCCGCCCCCUCCAGGUGUGUGCUAUAUGUUACUUGGUUCCACCCCCUCCAGGUGUGUGCUAUAUGUUACUUGGUCCCGCCCCCUCCAGGUGUGUGCUAUAUGUACUUGGUCCCGCCCCUCCAGGUGUGUGCUAUAUGUUACUUGUUCCACCCCCUCCAGGUGUGUGCUAUAUGUUACUUGUGUCCCCCCCUCCAGGUGUGUGCUAUAUGUUACUUGGUUCCGUCCCCCUCCAGGUGUGUGCUAUAUGUUACUUGGUCCACCCCCUCCAGGUGUGUGCUAUAUGUUACUUGGUUCCCCCCUCCAGGUGUGCAUAUAUGUUACUUGGUCCCAACCCCUCCAGGUGUGUGCUAUAUGUUACUUGGUUCCACCCCUCCAGGUGUGUGCUAUAUGUUACUUGGUUCCGCCCCUCCAGGUGUGUGCUAUAUGUUACUUGGUUCCACCCCUCCAGGUGUUGCUAUAUGUUACUUGGUUCCCCCCUCCAGGUGUGUGCUAUAUGUUACUUGGUCCCGCCCCCUCCAGGUGUGUGCUAUAUGUUACUUGGUUCCGCCCCCUCCAGGUGUGUGCUAUAUGUUACUUGGUCCCGACCCCUCCAGGUGUGUGCUAUAUGUUACUUGGUCCCGCCCCCUCCAGGUGUGUGCUAUAUUUACUUGGUUCCGCCCCCUCCAGGUGUGCAUAUAUGUUACUUGGUCCCGCCCCCUCCAGGUGUGUGCUAUAUUUACUUGGUUCCACCCCUCCAGGUGUGUGCUAUAUGUUACUUGGUCCCGCCCCCUCCAGGUGUGUGCUAUAUGUAACUUGGUCCCGCCCCCUCCAGGUGUGUGCUAUAUGUUACUUGGUUCCACCCCCUCCAGGUGUGUGCUAUAUGUUACUUGGUUCCACCCCCUCCAGGUGGUGCUAUAUGUUACUUGGUCCACCCCCUCCAGGUGUGUGCUAUAUGUUACUUGGUCCAGCCCCCUCCAGGUGUGUGCUAUAUGUUACUUGGUUCCGCCCCCUCCAGGGUGUGCUAUAUGUAACUUGGUCCCGCCCCCUCCAGGUGUGUGCUAUAUGUUACUUGGUCCACCCCCUCCAGGUGUGUGCUAUAUGUUACUUGGUUCCACCCCCUCCAGGUGUGUGCUAUAUGUUACUUGGUCCCGUCCCCUCCAGGUGUGUGCUAUAUCGUUACUUGGUCCCGCCCCUCCAGGUGUGUGCUAUAUGUUACUUGGUUCCGCCCCCUCCAGGUGUGUGCUAUAUGUUACUUGGUUCCACCCCCUCCAGGUGGUGCUAUAUGUUACUUGGUCCCGCCCUCCAGGUGUGUGCUAUAUGUACUUGGUCCCGCCCCUCCAGGUGUGUGCUAUAUGUUACUUUGUUCCACCCCUCCAGGUGUGUGCUAUAUGUUACUUGGUUCCACCCCUCCAGGUGUGUGCUAUAUGUUACUUGGUUCCGCCCCUCCAGGUGUGUGCUAUAUGUUACUUGGUUCCACCCCUCCAGGUGUGCUAUAUGUUACUUGGUUCCCCCCCUCCAGGUGUGCAUAUAUGUUACUUGGUCCGCCCCCUCCAGGUGUGUGCUAUAUGUUACUUGGUUCCCGCCCCCUCCAGGUGUGUGCUAUAUGUUACUUGGUUCCCGUCCCCUCCAGGUGUGUGCUAUAUGUUACUUGGUCCCGUCCCCUCCAGGUGUGUGCUAUAUGUUACUUGGUUCCGCCCCCUCCAGGUGUGUGCUAUAUGUUACUUGGUUCCACCCCCUCCAGGUGUGUGCUAUAUGUUACUUGGUUCCACCCCCUCCAGGUGUGCUAUAUGUUACUUGGUCCCGCCCCUCCAGUGUGUGCUAUAUGUACUUGGUUCCACCCCCUCCAGGUGUGUGCUAUAUGUUACUUGGUCCCGCCCCCUCCAGGUGUGUGCUAUAUGUUACUUGGUGUCCACGCCCCUCCAGGUGGUGCUAUAUGUUACUUGGUUCCACCCCCUCCAGGUGUGUGCUAUAUGUUACUUGGUUCCGCCCCCUCCAGGUGUGUGCUAUAUGUUACUUGGUUCCAGCCCCCUCCAGGUGUGUGCUAUAUGUUACUUGGUCCGCCCCCUCCAGGUGUGUGCUAUAUGUUACUUGGUUCCGCCCCCUCCAGGUGUGUGCUAUAUGUUACUUGGUCCCGCCCCCUCCAGGUGUGUGCUAUAUGUUACUUGGUCCGCCCCUCCAGGUGUGUGCUAUAUGUUACUUGGUUCCCCCCCUCCAGGUGUGUGCUAUAUGUUACUUGGUUCCGCCCCUCCAGGUGUGUGCUAUAUGUUACUUGGUCCCGCCCCCUCCAGGUAUGCAUUAUAUGUUACUUGGUCCCGCCCCCUCCAGGUGUGUGCUAUAUGUUACUUGGUUCCCCCCCCUCCAGGUGUGUGCUAUAUGUUACUUGGUCCCGCCCCCUCCAGGUGUGUGCUAUAUGUUACUUGGUCCCGCCCCCUCCAGGUGUGUGCUAUAUGUUACUUGGUCCCGUCCCCUCCAGGUGUGUGCUAUAUGUUACUUGGUUCCACCCCUUCCAGGUGUGUGCUAUAUGUUACUUGGUCCCGCCCCCUCCAGGUGUGUGCUAUAUGUUACUUGGUCCCGCCCCCUCCAGGUAUGUGCUAUAUGUUACUUGGUCCCCCCCUCCAGGUGUGUGCUAUAUGUUACUUGGUUCCACCCCCUCCAGGUGUGUGCUAUAUGUUACUUGGUUCCACCCCCUCCAGGUGUGUGCUAUAUGUUACUUGGUUCCACCCCCUCCAGGUGUGUGCUAUAUGUUACUUGGUUCCGCCCCCUCCAGGUGUGUGCUAUAUGUUACUUGGUUCCCCCCCUCCAGGUGUGUCUAUGUACUUGGUCCCCCCUCGUGGUGUAUGUUACUUGUCCCGCCCCCUCCAGGUGUGUGCUAUAUGUUACUUGGUCCGCCCCCUCCAGGUGAUGCAUAUAUGUUACUUGGUCCCGCCCCCUCCAGGUGUGUGCUAUAUGUUACUUGGUCCCGCCCCUCCAGGUGUGUGCUAUAUGUUACUUGGUCCCGUCCCCUCCAGGUGUGUGCUAUAUGUUACUUGGUUCCACCCCCUCCAGGUGUGUGCUAUAUGUUACUUGGUCCGCCCCCUCCAGGUGUGUGCUAUAUGUUACUUGGUCCCGCCCCCUCCAGGUUGUGCUAUAUGUUACUUGGUCCCGCCCCUCCAGGUGUGUGCUAUAUGUUACUUGGUUCCCCCCCUCCAGGUGUUGCUAUAUGUUACUUGGUCCCGCCCCCUCCAGGUGUGUGCUAUAUGUUACUUGGUUCCCGCCCCCUCCAGGUGUGUGCUAUAUGUUACUUGGUCCCGCCCCCUCCAGGUGUGUGCUAUAUGUUACUUGGUUCCGCCCCCUCCAGGUGUGUGCUAUAUGUUACUUGGUCCCGCCCCCUCCAGGUGUGUGCUAUAUGUUACUUGGUCCCGCCCCCUCCAGGUGGUGCUAUAUGUUACUUGGUCCCGCCCCCUCCAGGUGUGUGCUAUAUGUUACUUGGUCCACCCCCUCCAGGUGUGUGCUAUAUGUUACUUGGUCCCGCCCCUCCAGGUGUGUGCUAUAUGUUACUUGGUCCGCCCCCUCCAGGUGCUGUGCUAUAUGUACUUGGUCCCGCCCCCUCCAGGUGUGUGCUAUAUGUUACUUGGUCCCGCCCCCUCCAGGUGGUGCUAUAUGUUACUUGGUCCCGCCCCCUCCAGGUGUGUGCUAUAUGUUACUUGGUUCCCGCCCCCUCCAGGGUGUGCUAUAUGUUACUUGGUUCCACCCUCCAGGCUGUGUGCUAUAUGUUACUUGGUCCCGCCCCCUCCAGGUAUUGCAUUAUUGUUACUUGGUCCCGCCCCCUCCAGGUAUGCAUUAUAUGUUACUUGGUCCCGCACCCUCCAGGUGUGUGCUAUAUGUUACUUGGUCCCGCCCCCUCCAGGUGUGUGCUAUAUGUUACUUGGUUCCGCCCCCUCCAGGUGUGUGCUAUAUGUUACUUGGUUCCACCCCCUCCAGGUGUGUGCUAUAUGUUACUUGGUUCCGCCCCCUCCAGGUGUGUGCUAUAUGUUACUUGGUUCCACCCCCUCCAGGUGUGUGCUAUAUGUUACUUGGUUCCCGCCCCCCUCCAGGUGUGUGCUAUAUUUACUUGGUUUCCGCCACUCCAGGCUGUCUGCCUUAUGUUACUUGGUUCCCGCCCCCUUCCAGUGUUGGUUGUGCUAUAUGUUACUUGGUUCCACCCCCUCCAGGUGUUUGUAUUUUUUAAUAUGUUAAUUGGUCCGCCCCCUCCAGUGUCGCUUAUAUGUUACUUGGUUCCGCCCCCUACAGCUGUGUGCUAUAUGUUACUUGGUUCCCGCACCCCUCCAGGUGUGUGCCUAUAUGUUACUUGGUCCGCCCACUCCAGUGUGUGCUAUAUGUUACUUGGUUCCCACCCCCUCCAGUGUGGUGCUAUAUGUUACUUGGUCCACCCCCUCCAGGUGUGCCUUAUAUGUUACUUGGUUCCGCCCCAUCCAGGUGUGUGCUAUAUUGUUACUUGGUCCACGCCCCCCUCCAGGUGUGUGCUAUAUGUUACUGGUUCCCGCCCCACUCCAGGUGUGUGCUAUAUGUUACUUGGUCCCGCCCCCUCAGGUGUGUUGCAUAUGUUACUUGGUCCCGCCCCCUCCAGGUGUGUGCUAUAUGUUACUUGGGUCCACCCCUCCAGGUGUGUGCUAUAUGUUACUUGGUCCCACCCCCUCCAGGUGUGCAUUAUAUGUUACUUGGUCCCGCCCCCUCCAGGUGUGUGCUAUAUGUUACUUGGUCCCGCCCCCUCCAGGUAGUGCAGGAGGCGGUGAAGCACGAGAAGAACGUGAGUACCAAGAGCACGCCAACCGACCUGGUAACGGAGGCCGACCAGCAGGUGGAGGAGCUCAUCAUCUCCACCCUCAGGGACAAGUUCCCCUCGCACAGGUACGCAGUGGGAUCUUCCAAUGGUAUCUCCUCAACACAGGGGGGGUUACAUUUUGGCUCCCAACUAGCCCCUGCCCUCUGCCACAGGUGUCAAACUCAUUCUACGGAGGAGUGUGUGCGGGUUUUCACUCCUCCCUUGUACUUCAAAUCAAAUCAAAAUAAAAUUUUAUUGGUCACAUGCGCCGAAUACAACAGGUGCAGACAUUACAGUGAAAUGCUUACUUACAGCCCUUAACCAACAGUGCAUUUAUUUUUAACAAAAAAAGUAAAAAUAAAACAACAACAAAAAAAGUGUUGAGAAAAAAAGAGCAGAAGUAAAAUAAAAUAACAGUAGGGAGGCUAUAUAUACAGGGAGGCUAUAUAUACUUGAUUGAUGAAUUAAGGUCACUAAUAAGUAAUGAACUGCCCUCAACUGGUUUUCUAGGUCUUAAUUGAAAGGACACUAGGCCAGCGUUUCCCAAACUCUGUUCUGGGGACCCCAAGUGGUACGCGUUUUGGUUUUUGCCCUAGCAUUACACAGCUGAUUCAAAUAAUCAAAGCUUGAUGAUUAGUUGAAUCAGCUGUGUAGUGCUUCGGCAAAAACCAAAACGCGUACCACUUGGGGUCCCCAGAACAGAGUUCGGGAAACCCUGCACUAGGCCUUCCAUGUAAUGAGUUUGACACGUCUGCGCUAGGCCCUCUGCGUUUACACAGCUGAAAGACCUCUUUAGGCCUCUAAUCAUGACAGUGCUGAGUGUCAGGGAAUGAUGCACGCAUGGCAUUCACACGCUGUAUUUGGUGAACUUGUGACAGGUUCAUCGGAGAGGAGUCGUCUGCAGCCGGGGAGAAAUGCAUCCUCACAGACAGCCCCUCCUGGAUCAUAGACCCUAUCGAUGGCACCUGUAACUUUGUUCACAGGUACAAUGACAGUUUCCAACAGCAAUAUCUACGACAGCCAUUUCCUCAGAUUAGGGAUUUGGAACUAUACAUGUUGAAAUAAACAUAGUAAAUAAAGAAAAUAUUAAUACUCUGUUAUCGAUAGAAUAGCAUCACCAAAGAUUUAGGCUAUUGAUGAUGUACUUGAUUUUCUCAGUUUCCCCAUGGUUGCAGUUAGCAUUGGUUUUGCUGUGAAGAAAGAGGUAAGCAUGAGAAGUGUGGGUGAACAGAAUUGACCAAGUAAAAAAUAUUACUAUUAAAAGGGUAUUAAUUUGUAUUCUAAUGUAGCUUGAGUUUGGAGUGAUAUACCAUUGCUUCGAUGGAACAUUAUACACAGCAAGAAAAGGCCACGGGGCAUUUUGCAAUGGUGUAAGGAUCCAAGUAUCAAAGGAAAAAGGUAAGUCAACUUCUCCUUACCGCUUUGUGUGAUGCACCCACAUGUUCAUAGUGGAUUGUAAUGCCAUAUGUUAAACUAGGGGUCGGCAACCCUGUUCCUGGAGUGCCACAGGUACUGCAGGAUUUUGUUCCAACUAGGCACCACACCUGACCAACUGAGCUAAUGGAUCAGUUCAGUGAUUGACUAAAUGUAACACACCUGGCCUUCCAGGUCGGUUAAAUCAAAAACAUGAACCCCAGGACCAGGCUUGCCUACCCCUGUGUUAAAGUAACAAGGGAAGCAGCUGAAACAAGCAAUUGUACCAUGCAGCAUUAUCAAACGUUAGCUUGAUUGAUUUAAGUUAUCGAUUUUUUUUGGUUUACUAAGAUGUUCUGUAUCCAUUAUCCUAAUCUGAAGCUGUUUUUCUAUUCCCAACGACUGAUAGAUGUCUCCAAGGCGCUCAUUUUGACCGAGAUCGGAGCCAAGCGGGACCCAGCAACACUCAACAUCUUCUCAGGGAACAUCAUGAAGUUACUGAGUGCACCAGCUCAUGGGUACCCACUGACUGUUUCAGUGGUCAUUCUGGGUCAUGUUCAUUAGGCACGAAACGGAAGAAAACAGACUAAAACAGGGUUGCAAAACAUUAUCAACUGUUUUUCUGUUGUGUUACCUGAUGAACAUGACCCGGGUCUAAUGGGCCUCAUAUCAGGGUCUAGUCUGUACCUUUACGAUCCAAUGGCAAUACAGUGAUGUAUUUUGGCCUUAGACUUUCCUUGAAUAGCCUGGUCCCAGGUCUGUUUGGGCUUUGUCUUCAAUGCAUAUGUGGCCAUUGUCAUGCCAAACAUGACUAUAGAGCAUAAACAGAUCUGGGACCAGGGGCCGUAUAUCUCAAACGUCUCGGAGUGGGAGUGCUGGUUUAGGAUCAGUUUUGCCUUUUUUGGAUCACAAUGAAUAAGAUUACAUGGAUAGGGGGGAUCUGACCCUAGAUCAGCACUCUUACUCUGAGACACUUGGCUACUCCGUGUGUUCCAGGGUGAGGAUCAUCGGCAGCUCCACCCUGGCCCUGUGUCUGAUAGCCACGGGCGCGGCUGAGGCCUAUUACCAGUACGGCCUGCACUGCUGGGACAUCGCCGCUGCCGCUGUCAUCAUCCGAGAGGCCGGGGGAGUCGUCAUAGACACCACAGGUGGGGGUUCUAGAAUAGACUACAAUACAAUAGAUUAUUUGACUCCCUGUCAAUGAUGGGUGAUAGGGAUCGGUUUCACAAACACUCAAUGUUUAUUUCUAUAAGGCUUAUAAUUUGUACUGUAUGUCCCCCUGUAUUCUGGUCUCAAACUGAGCUCAUCUGAAUGGUUGUCCUGGAGGAGGCAGUGAUGAGAUGGGUAUAUUAGCUAGAGCUUUCACUUGAGCAAAUAACUAAUGAGGUCCCACAGAAUGCAAAAACGCAUGCUGUUAUUAUGGAAAAGUCCCUAGGGUAUUAUUGAAUCAGUUCUUAUUGGCUGUCAUUAUUGUGAUAGACACGGUAACUUUUAAAAAGAGAAUGUACCAUUUCUGAUAUUUCAUAGUAUAGUUGCUAUCUCUUGAGUAAUGACGUAUGGACUGUGCCCUUCCGAAGCCUAUUGUGAGGCUGAGCUUGCUAUCCGGCUGAAGAAGUGGCUGGCCGUCUGCCUCGUUCAUCUCUUCUUCCCAAGGCCCGGGGUGUUGCACAAAAGGACCACUGUUGAGAGACGGAGGGACUGGGCGUGAGGUCGGGAUCAUGUGGUCAGCUGCUGUGUGCUGCCGUUCAGUCUCUGGCAGUCCCGAGAGAACAAGGGCCCUCUGAGGCCUCGGCCUGCCUUGGCCUGGCCUAUCAGCUCCUUCCCUGUAAUGUAGGAGAAGACUCCAUUUUACCUUUCAACCAGUUCCAACGGUCUAGUAGUGGGCCGCAGUGGUGCCUGAAUGGAAAUUUGAUUGAAAUAGUUUUAGAUUUGAUUUGUGAGUGAGGAGGGUUAGGACUGAUUCAUGUAUUUAUAGUUUCAUGUAUUUAUAGUUUGUUUAUAGUUGAUUUGAAUGUGGUUAUGAGUGUGUUUUUGAUGGAUGUUGGAGUUACAUAAGAUGUGUUUUUUUUGUUCCAGGGGGUCCUCUCGACCUCAUGUCCCGAAGAGUGGUCGCUGCAGGAACCCACGAGAUGGCCAAUUACGUCGUCCAGCAACUGCAGCCUAUCAGCUACAAGCGGGACGACAGUGACCCAGGUGUGCAAAAGUAA